AUGCUGCCGCCGCCACCGCCGCCGAACAGAGGAAGGCGCCGAAACACAACCGGGUGGGGGGCGGAGGCUCCUCGCCGCGGCCCCGCACAUGCAAACCGGGCUGGAGGCAGCAGAAAGCCCCGAAGCCGAAAUCCACGCCGCCCCCCCGCGCCGGGGAGGGGCCGCGGAAGGAGGGCGCAGUCGCUGCGAGAAGACAGCCCCGACCGGAGUUUACGGGCGUUUCAUGCCCCGCGGGCGAGGCAGUGCAUGCGGGGCGAGUGCAGUCCGGAUCCUCCGACAGCAGAGUCUCCUUUGAGCCGCCGCAGCCGGCUAGGGGCGAAGAUGCAUCUCCCGCCGCCCGGACUGGAGUCCUGCGCCUGGAGGCGGUGGCGGCGGCGGCCGGAGGUCCUAGCGGUGCCCCUCCAGGCGGGGAGGCGGGCUGCCAAGUCCAACGUUGCACGGGGUUCUCCCUCCUCCUUCGCCGCCUCCUCCGUCUCCUCCCACCCCCCAACCGCCCCACCACCACCAGCAGCCCAAAUACCAGCUCAGUCGCAUAGACCGCCGCGCUGCGGCUGUUGCUGCUGCUGUCGCCGCCCGCAGACGCGUCCUCUGCAGCCCCCAUUAGGGCCCAUCUCGGCGGGCGGAGAAAGUGGCUUUUCCACGCUCAACGUAACCAGGCAGCCGGGGGAGCCGGGGACGGGCCGGAGGGACAGGCUCAUCCCUGCCCCUCGCUCCAGUCGGCAAGGCAGGAGGGGAGGGGACGGGGGUGGGGAGGUUUGGGAAGGAGUCGGAGAAGACGCCUCUUCCCCGGGAGGCGCUGCCGCUGCAGUCACUUCUCCCCUCCUCCCUCCUCCUCCUCCUCGGAGAGUUGCCGAGAGCCCCAACCAAAACAAGCGGCGACGUCUGGCUCUGCGCGCCGGCCCCCUCCGACCGCGCCGCCGUCUCACUCGGAGGAGAAAAACACGUGACGGAGCCUCGGCUCUCGGCAGCCCAGCCGUCGCCGCCGCCGCCGCCGGGACGCUCCCGCCCGGGUUUCUACAUUCUGGGCCGAGCCCGCCCCGCGCCCGCCCCUCUCCGCCCCCCGGCCCUGCCGCAGCGGCGCCCGCGCGGGCCUCAGCGCAGCGCUCGGGUAGCGCCCCUGAGCGGCCGCCCGCCCCGGCGCAGCGCCUCCCCGCGCGCCACCAAGGGCGCCCCCGGCCCAGCGGUUUGGGGUUUCCGCCCGCUGUCUACACCCGGGACCCUCGCCUGCCUCCAGCUCUCGGGUACUGCAGGAUGUUCGCGGGGAAACGCAGCAGUGGAGGCGCUGGGCCGCAGGGGAGAGCAGGAGGGGCGGCGGUGUUCUUGGGGGAAUCUGCUGAUUGGCUACACCACCUCAACACCCUUUUCACUUUCUCUGUUGCCUACUUUUCCUCCUGUCACAUUUCAACCGUGUCUAUAAUGGAGCGCAGGGAGGAGGUUCAGGACCACGGAGAGCGUGAGGACGAAGACGGGGAGCUACCAAUUACUUUAGCCACUUAUCGGAUCCAUGAGCCACCAUAGGAGAGAAUCAAAUCAUGCAGAGACAAGCGACUUUAGCCAGGAAAUGAGUCCACGUUCCAGUUCUCGAGCUCUGAACUUCCAUGGAACCUGCUGCUCAUCUUCCAAUUCUGUGAACUACCCAGAAUCAUCACAAUAACAACCCUGUGAGGGAGACCUUAUUCUCAAAUUGCAGAUGAGCCUGCUACAGAUGAACUUCUGAAGCUCAAAGAGGAUGUGAAACACAUGCGUGGUCAGAAAAGAAGCAAGUGAUGAAACCAAGAUUUAAUACUCUGGCUCCAAAGCCCUUGUGUUUCACCAUUCUCUCCUUUUGCCUACCUGAACAGCCCCUGACCCAAGGUUGGAUUUCUGCAGAUAAAAACUAAGUUGCCUUGCAACUAGUCUAUCAGUGUCAUCCGAUAAAGGAUUGUCUUCAUAAGGUCUAAUAAAAACAGUCACUAAAUAACCUUUUCCUUCAGUUCCAGGUGCUUAGAUUUGGCACAGUGAUUUUCUUAAACUAACUUAAAAACUUUAUUGGAGAGUUAUGGGCAAUAAUGUUUUCCCUCUUCAGCAGUGGGAGCCACUGAAUGGUUUAAUCCAGGGCAAUGACAGGGUCAGAUUUUCAUAGUAGAUAGAACAGUAUUGAAGAUUUGGAGGAUAGAUUUAGGAGAGUGGAAAUUGGAGGCACCUUCCUCAUCUUUUACCAAGAGCCCCAUAAUAUCCUGUGGGUCAAUUCGUAGUGUGGUGAUUAGUAUAGGCCUUAGAACUGGACUGUCUUGUUUCAGUCUUGGCUCUGCCACGUAACAUCAUUGUAAAUGUAGACAGAUUUUUAACCUCCUUCAUGUCUCAAGUAUAAAGUGUAAAAUGGGAAUAAUAAUAGUGUCUCACUGAAUGAGCAUGAGGUUUUAAUUAGAAAAUACUUGUAAUACUUAACCAUGUUCAAUAAUUGUUAGCCAGAAUCAUUAUUAUUGUUGAUGUUUUCAACCAUGUGUUUUGCAUGGAAUUAGCCCCACCAUUCCCCAUCUCAUUCACUCCGCAACCCCCAACCCCACUCCAGAACAGGGCCUAAAAUACUGGUGGAGAUCACAAAAAUCCUCACAGAAAUUUCAUGCUUAAAGUAGGGGCAAGAGUUUGCCAGUCUACUCUAGUUUUCGUCAUACCACCUAUCACCAGAUAUGUUCUCUAUUCAUUUGUUUGUGCAAACUCUCAGAGUAGGGAAUUUAUCUGAUUUUGUUUACUACUGUCUUCAGGAAAGCAAUAAAUGUGUGUUAAAUGAAGGGGGCUGAAGAAAGCUUUCCAGGCAUAGGGACUAUAUGAAUGAUGGUGGGAAAGUCAUGAAGAAAAACAUGUAAACUGCAGUAAACACAAGGUCAUGCAUAAAUGAGAUCACAGAUUUAAAGCAUUUGGCCUCUGUAGCCUUCAGAGUAGCUAUUCCUCAAGGUAGGUGACCACAAGCUCUCUGAAGGGAGGAAGACUGUCCUCAUUCAGGGCAUCUGCUUCCACACUCAGUACACAGCAGGCACUGAAUACAUGACUGUGGAAUUGAAUGCUUUUAAAUAGCCACAUAGAUGACUUUGGAUGCAGAGCAAAGAGUUUAGGCUUAUUUUACUGACAGUGCUUUGAUAUGAUCAAAGUGGGAAAUAACAUGAGCAGA